ACUAAAUACUCUGACGCAUAUCGGACGUCUUAUCAGCGCAAUUGUUGAUUUGCACUUAUUGUUUUGGAUUUCACAACGUGAAUUUAAAAUACACAAAAUAAACAUGGAAGCGCCACCACCAGAGCACUGUCCCGGUGUGGAGAGCGAACAGGCCGGUCGGGUCAGCGCCUGCGCUGGCUGCCCCAACCAGAGUAUAUGCAGUGAUCCAAACAAGAAACUAGAGGAUCCAGGCAAAGCUUUGGUUGCAGCCGCCAUGAAGGAUGUAAAGCACAAGCUGCUCAUACUGUCCGGCAAGGGAGGUGUAGGCAAGAGCACAGUGACCACGCUGUUGACACGCUACCUGGCCCGUAGUUGUCCAGACAACAAUUUCGGUGUGCUGGACAUUGAUAUUUGUGGACCAUCGCAACCACGUCUGCUAGGCGCACUAGGCGAAAAUGUACAUCAGUCGGGCUCCGGUUGGUCGCCGGUGGGCAUCGAUGACAACGUCUGCCUUAUGUCCAUUGGUUUUCUGCUUGGCUCUGUGGACGAUGCCAUCAUUUGGCGUGGUCCCAAAAAGAAUGGCAUGAUUCGUCAAUUCCUGAGUGAGGUGGACUGGGGUAACUUGGAUCUGCUGCUGCUGGACACUCCCCCAGGUACAUCGGAUGAGCAUUUGUCCGUGGUCAGCUAUCUACGAGACGAUGAUGCUCCGGAAUCGCUGAGUGCCAUCAUUGUAACGACGCCACAAGAGGUUGCAUUGUUGGAUGUGCGCAAAGAGAUAAAUUUCUGCAAGAAGCAACGUAUUCCCAUUCUGGGUGUGGUCGAGAAUAUGGCUAGCUUUCGCUGUGGCCACUGUGGCAACAGCUCCGACAUCUUUCCGGCUAAAACUGGAGGCGCUGCAGCGAUGUGCGCUGAGAUGGAGGUGCCACUUCUGGGCUCAUUGCCUCUAGAUCCAAUGGUGACGCGAGCUUGCGACGCAGGCGAGGAUAUCACGGCCAUGCGUAAUGAGACGACGGAGGCAUUGGCAAACAUUUGCAGUAAAAUCAUGUCUAGCUUUUAGGUUUUAUUAUUAUUGUUAACGUUUAUUAUGGGAUGAUUUUGUACUAUUAAAAGUAAAUUUGUAUUUUAA